ACCUAUUUUCUUUUUUAUGCGAAAAGUAUAAAUUGUUAUAUUAGUUAUAAUUCGUAAUUGUUUUUUUUUUUUUAAUAAUGGGUAGAAAUGAAAUUCCGAAAAGUAAAAGCAAACAUAAGAAAAAAUUUAAAAAAAUUAACAAACAUCAAAGGUUAGAUCCUAUAUUUUUAAAAACAUUACCUUACGAAAUACAAAAUGAUCAUUCAUUAUUGAAGUAUUGGAAUAAUAGAUUUAGGUUAUUCAAAAAAUUUAAUCAAGGAAUUAAAUUAGAUAAAGAAAGUUGGUACUCAGUAACACCUGAAAAAAUUAGUCGAAUGAUUGCUGAACGGUGUACAUGUGAUUUGAUAGUUGAUGCUUUUUGUGGUGCAGGAAGUAAUGCCAUUCAAUUUGCAUUUACUAGUAAAAAAGUUAUUGCAAUAGAUAUUGAUCCAUUGAAAAUAGAACUUGCACGUAAUAAUGCUGAAGUUUAUGGUGUCUCAGAUCGUAUAGAAUUUAUUAUUGGAGAUUAUUAUGCUUUGGUUCCAACUUUGAAAGCAGAUGUUAUCUUUUUAUCACCACCAUGGGGAGGUCCUUCAUAUUCGUCAAAAAAAAAUUUUAGCAUUGAUGAUAUUAUGUCAAAUUAUGGGGGCGGUAAAUACUUGUAUGAAUUAACUCGUCAAGUAACUGAGAACAUUGCUUACUUUCUACCAAAGAAUAUUGAUGAAAAGCAAUGCAUCUCAUUAGCUGGGGAAGGUAAUUUAGCAGAAAUAGAAAGUAAUUUUUUUAACAAUAGACUAAAUUCAAAAACAUUCUACUAUGGAAACUUAGUUAAAAUUAAUAGUUAGUA